GAGAAGUCAACAUGGCAGAGUUGUGGCUAUCACUUUCUUGCAUGUUCUCCUUGCUUCUACUGACAAAUUCAUCUCCACUUACCUUCCAGGAAAGAAUGCUCCUUAAAGCCUUGGGGCUGAACACCAGACCAAACCCCAUUGCUCCAGCUCCUGUACCUAAAUCUUUAAGAGAAAUUUUUGAGAAGGGGAUAAACCAGGACAAUCCCUGCAUGAUGGAAGGUUUCGGAGUACCUGGAAAUAUUGUCCGCUCAUAUCGAGAUCAAGGAACCAUAGCAGCCAUAGAGGAGCCACAAGGAUCUCUGUGCUUAAAGAAAUUUCUCUUUUUUGACCUAUCAGCAGUGGAGAACAAGGAGCAAUUGACCCUAGGCCAACUGGAAAUUAAGUUCAAGCACAACACAUAUUAUGGACAACAGUUCCAUCUCCGCCUCUACCGCACCCUUCAGCUAUCUCUAAAAGGGAUGAGAGACAGCAAGAUGAACAGGAAGCUCCUGGUGACUCAGUCUUUCCGUCUCCUUCACAAGUCCCUCUAUUUCAACUUGACCAAGGUGGCAGAGGACUGGAAAAACCCUGAGAAGAAUAUGGGUCUGAUACUGGAAAUAUAUGCAAGCAGUGAACUUGCAGGAGGCAAUCGAUCAUUUGUAGUAUGUGAACCAAUACAGUCUUUCAUUUACACUUCUCUGCUCACUGUGUCCCUAGACCCAUCCAAUUGCAAAACUCAACGAGCCAAGAGGAGUACUCAUUCAUCACCUCCAACCCCAAGCAAUAUCUGCAAGAAAAGGAGAUUGUACAUUGACUUCAAGGAUGUUGGAUGGCAGAACUGGGUCAUUGCACCCCGUGGUUACAUGGCAAACUACUGCCAUGGAGAGUGCCCCUAUCCACUGACGGAAAUGCUAAGGGGCACAAAUCAUGCUGUUUUACAGACUCUGGUGCAUUCUGUAGAACCAGAAAACACCCCAUUGCCUUGCUGUGCCCCCACUAAGCUGUCUCCUAUCUCCAUGCUAUAUUAUGACAACAAUGACAAUGUGGUACUGAGGCACUAUGAAGAUAUGGUAGUGGAUGAGUGUGGUUGCAAGUGAGUUUGCUUUGGAGAUUGUUCUCAUUCCCUUAUCUAAGCCUUAAACUUAUCCUCUAAAGGGACUGCUGCCAACCUAGUUAUGAAGCCUCGCGCCUCGUGCGACAGUGACUUUAACCAUCUUACAUAACAUUAAUUGAUAAGACUAUAUUUAUUUUGGGGUGUACUUGCCCUUUAGGUGGUUUGGCAAAUGCCAUGCGUGGCUCUUAACAGAGCUGCUGGAUGAAACACAUUUUUAAAAAAGUAUAUUGUUGUCAAUAAAUGUUUUUAUCUUUAUAUAUUGGGCAUAGAGCUAGGUUGGUGCCUGAAAAUUGCCUAGCACUUGCAAGUACAGCUGAUUGUUGGAAAUAAAUGUGAUUUAAC